AUGAAUGAGUGUGAUGAGAGUGUCAAUCCCUGUUGGGCGUCUAUAAACCGCGGGAUCCUGAUCUGUGACGAGUGCUGCAGCGUCCACCGGAGCCUGGGCCGUCACAUCUCUCAAGUGAGGCAUCUCAAGCAUACCACAUGGCCUCCAACACUGCUGCAGAUGGUUGAAACACUGUACAAUAAUGGUGCUAACUCCAUAUGGGAACAUUCCUUGCUGGACCCUGCCUCUGUUAUGAGCGGAAGGCGCAAGGCAAGCCCACAGGAUAAAGUGCACCCCAAUAAGGCAGAAUUCAUUAGAGCUAAAUACCAGAUGUUGGCGUUUGUGCAUCGCCUGCCGUGCCGUGAGGAUGACAGUGUUACUGCCAAAGACCUCAGCAAGCAACUCCAUUCCAGUGUCAGGACGGGGAACCUGGAGACGUGCCUGCGGCUGCUCUCCUUGGGAGCUCAGGCCAACUUCUUCCAUCCUGAGAAAGGGAACACCCCGCUCCACGUUGCUGCCAAGGCGGGACAGACUUUACAGGCGGAAUUAUUGGCAGUUUAUGGUGCUGAUCCUGGCACACAAGAUUCCAAUGGGAAAACUCCAGUUGACUAUGCAAGGCAAGGUGGGCACCAUGAGCUGGCAGAGCGCCUGGUGGAAAUUCAGUAUGAACUCACAGACAGGCUGGCUUUCUAUCUCUGUGGCAGGAAACCAGAGCAUAAGAAUGGGCAGCACUUUGUUAUACCUCAGAUGGCAGACAGCAGUCUAGAUAUAUCAGAACUUGCAAAAGCAGCUAAGAAGAAGCUUCAGUCUCUGAGCAACCACUUGUUUGAAGAACUUGCCAUGGAUGUGUAUGAUGAAGUUGACAGAAGGGAAACAGAUGCAGUUUGGCUUGCUACUCAGAAUCAUAGCACACUGGUGACAGAGACCACAGUGGUCCCUUUUCUUCCUGUAAAUCCUGAAUAUUCCUCAACCAGGAAUCAGGGAAGGCAGAAACUGGCUCGAUUUAAUGCCCACGAGUUCGCUACGCUUGUUAUAGACAUUUUAAGUGAUGCCAAACGAAGACAACAGGGGAAUCCUCUUGCUGGCUCAAAAGAAAAUGUGGAACUGAUACUCAAAUCAAUCAGCAAUCAACAUAGCAGUGAAAGUCAGGAUAAUGACCAGCCUGAUUAUGAUAGUGUUGCUUCAGAUGAAGAUACAGAUCUGGAAGCAAUUGCAGCUAAAUCAAACAGACAGAAGAGCCUGGAUUCAGACUUGUCAGAUGGACCAGUGACAGCCCAAGAAUAUAUGCAAGUUAAAAAUGCUCUGGUGGCUUCUGAGGUAAAGAUCCAGCAGUUAAUGAAGGUGAACAUCAACCUGAGCGAUGAGCUGAGGAUCAUGCAGAAAAAGCUUCAAACGCUGCAGAGUGAAAAUACCAACCUCAGAAGACAGGCCACAACCAAUCUGUAUCAGGUCCAAAGUGGUUCUGAGUACACAGACCCUGCCAACAAUUCUUCUUUAAAGCGGCGACCAUCUGCACGGGGUAGCAGACCCAUGUCCAUGUAUGAGACUGGAUCAGGGCAGAAGCCCUACCUCCCCCUGGGAGAGGUCACAUAUCCAGAAGAAAGCAUAACCAGGCUGCAGCCUUUCCCUGCACAUAUCGGGAGGAGUGCGUUUGUGACCUCCUCUUCAUCUCUACCUUCCUUCCCCUCCACGCUUUCCUGGUCAAGGGAUGAAAGCACACGAAGGGCCUCGAAGCUGGAGAAGCAGAGCAGCGUGUCCGAGAGUGACUACGAUAACCCCACCACCCCCCUGGAGCUGGAGGAGACAGGGCCAGGCAGGAAGGGCAGGCAGAGGAGUGUCAUUUGGCAGGGGGAGGGAUCCAUCCCUGAAGAUGGUGACACAGCCCCCAGCUCCAGUUUGCCCAGUACAGAAGAUGUCAUCCGGAAAACUGAGCAGAUCACCAAGAACAUUCAGGAGCUGCUGCGAGCAGCACAGGAGAACAAGCAUGACAGCUAUAUACCGUGCUCCGAGAGAAUCCAUGUGGCUGUAACAGAAAUGGCAGCGUUGUUCCCAAAAAAACCCAAAUCUGAACUGGUCAGGACUUCUUUGCGCCUGCUGACCUCUAGUGCCUACAGACUCCAGUCCGAGUGCACAAAAGCCCUUCCCGUGGAGACCUGCCCCACCACAGACAUCCAGCUGGUCACCCAGCAGGUCAUCCAGUGCGCCUACGACAUCGCCAAGGCUGCCAAGCAGCUGGUCACCAUCACCACCAAAGAGAACAACAACUGAGUCACACUCAGCUUUUUAGUCUUGUUUUUUAAAGGUUGGAUUUCAAAUAAAGGUGUGGAACUAUUCAAAUUUUUAUGAGAAAAACUAAAAGGGCAAGAAACUUUUUUUUUUUUUUUAAACUCAGUAUUAUUUUUGCAUGUUUUCUAACAACUUUAUGAUUAAUUUAACCCACUGCCUUAUUUUGUGCCUGUGUUGCCAGUGUAGUUACAGAUAAUAGCAUGUUGCAAAUAGCUGUCGAGCCAGUAUCCAGCUCUUGCUAGAUGUUUCCCUGGGGCCACCUUCUGCUUUCAGAUUUUGCUUGCAAACCUGCCCCUGAAGCCAGCAGCAGGGAGCAGAGGGCAGGGUCUGGCCUCUGCUCCCCCUGUCCUGGAGCCUCACGUGCUGUGAUGCUGCUGGCUGGGAAACCUGCAGCAAGAGGCUCCCAGGGCUCCGGGACCAGAACUGCUCCCCAGCAGGAGGAAGGCUGUGAUCCCAAGAACGGGGUACACACCCAAUGUUAUCUGUUCCCAUAUCAACUGUUGUGCAAUAAUAUGUUUUUAGUCUGCUAAAACAGUAGUAGUUGUGGGCAUCCCAGCUUAUUACAUGUAACUAUACAAGGUCUUUGUCACUUUAUCCGUUUUGGAAGGAAUUUGAAUCUUAAUAGUUACUUCUUUUAGUUGUCACUAUGCCAUUAAUAUAUAUGUUUGAUGUUACUUUAGGGCAUUAGUGGUUAAAAUAUUAUCCUUUGUUUCUGAUUUAAUAAUUCAUUCUUAAGUUUCCUGCAGAAUUUUACUGUCACCUCCAAGGCACCAUCUUGUUUGCAGCAGCUCAG